AAUAAAGAUAAAUAUAUAUAUAAGAAAAGAUUAUCUAAUGAAAAAACAAAAGGUGCUUCUAAGAAGAAAAGAUUGAAUCAGGUUUCAAAUAUUGAGGAAAUUUCAUCAUCUAGUUCUACUGAAAAUAAUGGAGAAUCAUUAACUAACAAGUUGGAAAAAUUAUUUAAUUUUCCUUUGGAUAGCUUUAUAUCAAAAGAGUUAAAGUCAAGUAAAAAGUCAAGUGAAAUAAAUAAUGCCCAGAAAACUUAUUUUGAAGAGUCAAAUAAAAUAAAUAAUAAACAAAAAACUUAUUUUGAAGAAAACAAAGAAGUAUUAUUUGAUUAUCUACAAGGAUUUGAGCAACUUUUUAGUAUGCUAUCAGAAUACAGUAUUUUUGGCUUAGAUUCAUCAAAUCAACUUCUAUUAACAAGCUAUGGCUUUAACGAAUGGCAGUCAACAGAAAAUUUAAAAAAUCCUUCUAUGUAUGCAGAGGAGUCAACAAAAAAAUUUAAAAAUCCUUCUGCAAUAACAUAUGAAGAAUACACAACAAAAAAAUUAGAAAGUCCUUCUGAAAUGAUAGAUGGUGAUAAGUCAACUGAAAAAUUAGUUGAUUCUGUGCUAAUGGGAAUGCUCUAA